AUGAAAGAUAUUUCACUUUUUGCGCAAAUCUUCGCACACUUCCGUUCUGUGUGUCAGCGUGUAAUCAAGAAUCGCCCGUCAUAUUUAUUUUCUAAAAAGAUGGGUGAGCAUACAGGUUUAACAAACUGUGAGGCACGAGAACUUUGUAAAAAGCCUGAUUCAGCUACAAGUGGUUAUAUAAUGCAACAAACAAUGUAUCGUAUUAAAGACCCAAGAAAAUCACUACCUUUUUAUACCGAAGUACUUGGUAUGCAGUUAUUACAGAAACUUGACUUUCCUGAAAUGAAAUUCUCUUUGUAUUUCUUGGGAUAUGAAGAUCCAAAAGAUAUACCAACUGAUAAGAGAGAAAGUAUUGAAUGGACAUUUAGUCGUAAAGCUACUUUAGAACUUACUCAAAUAUAAAGCAAAAUUUAUCGUAGGUCAUAUUGGAAUCACAGUACCUGAUGUGGAAAAAGCAUGUGAAAGAUUUGAGAGAUUAAAUGUGGAAUUUGUGAAAAAACCUAAUGAUGGUAAGAUGAAAGGAAUUGCUUUUAUCAAAGAUCCCGAUGAAGAUAAAAAAUAUGAAAUUGACAGCCGAAUUGAGUGUGAUGGACAUCAAGGUACAUUGAAGUAUGUUGGCCCUGUUGGUGACACUAAAGGUUUGUGGCUUGGUAUAGAUUGGGAUGAUCCAACACGUGGAAAACACAAUGGUACAUAUGAAGGAAUAAAAUAUUUUAAAGCUAGGCAUCCAACAUCAGGUUCGUUUAUACGACCAGGUAAAGCAAAAUUUGGAAUUUCUUGUCCUGAAGCUAUUAAAGUUCGGUAUGGUCUUAUCAAUGAUGAAUUAGCUGGCAUUGACAGAGACACAUUGACAAGUUUACAAAAAGAAAUUAAUGCACCCUUUUUGGAAGUUGUUGGUUUUUCCAAAGUAAACAAAAAACAAAGCAAAUUUGAUCAAUUAAAAAUAGUGUGGUUGAGAGAACAGUGUGUUAGUACUGCUGGUAAUCCUAAUGAAUUAAAAGAAUUAUGUCCAAAUUUGGAAGAACUAGAUAUAUCUAAAAAUUUAAUAAAUAGUUGGCAAAUUAUAGCAGAUAUCUGUUGUCAAUUGCAUUGUCUUGUUCGGCUUAAUGUGAGUGAAAAUUAUUUACCAACUGAAGAAAAUAUGGAAGUAUUAAAAGUUUCAUUUUUUAUGGUUAAAUAUUUAACCAUAGCAAAAAUGAACUAUAAUUGGUUUGAUAUUCAACGAUGUAUGUGUAUGUUUCCAUCUCUACAAGAACUUUCAGUUUCUUUUAACAUUAUUAAUAUCAUACAAAAGCCAUUAAAAGAUGACAAUUUAAUGAAAAUAUGUAAAUUAACUCUUGAAGGAAAUUUGAUAUCUAAUUGGGAUGAUAUUCUUAAAUUAGGCUUAGAAUAUCUUAAUUUAAAUUCAAAUAAAGUAGACAAAAUAAGAUUCCCAACUAUUGAACCAACAGCAAAAACCACAGCCUUUUCUAAUUUACGGCAAUUACAUAUAUCUCAAAACAACAUAUCAGAGUGGCAAUCUGUAUCAGAAUUAGAAAAGCUUAAUAAUUUAGAAGAUUUGAAAUUUAGAGAAAAUCCUAUUUUGAAAAAUGAAAAUAUAGAGACUGCACGACAAUUAGUUAUAGCAAGAAUCUCAAAAUUGAAAUCAUUAAAUGGCACUGAAAUUUUAUACAAUGAAAGACGAGGUGCUGAGUAUGAUUAUUUGAAAUUAUUUUUACCAAAAUGGAUAGAAACAGAAAAUGAGGCCGAAAAGAGAAAUCGAUUCAUAAUUGAACAUCCUCGAUAUCCAGCAUUAGUUGCAAAAUAUGGGAUUUCUGAUAUUCCCUCAUCCAAAGCGAAAGUAGAAAUGGUUUCUAAUGUCAUAACAGUAGAAUUUGUAUGUCCCGAUCAUCUGAACCAACCUAGAGGAAUUAAGAGAAAACUUUUAAAAGAUAUGGAAGUUCAAAAAGUUAUUGGACUUGCACAACGACUUUUUAGAACAGGAGGAAAAAUACCAAGACUUUCAUUUAUACAACAAAAUGUAAUUAUAAUAUUUUAUAAUUUAUAUAUAUCAUAUAUAUAAAUAAUAAUUUAUAUAUAUGCUUCUGCAAAAUAACAAAUUUGCGAUAUUGAGUAUUUAAAUAUAUUUACAUAAUAAUGGACUUACUAGAUUUUGUAUUCUUAAUACUACUUUUAUGUAAUUUUUUAGCUUUCUAAGGACGAAAUACCUCUUGAUAAACCGCUUCAGGAACUCAGCUAUUAUUCAAUACAAGAUGGAGACCAAGUUAUUGUAAGGUGGUGAUAUUAAAUGAAUUUCAUAGAUAUAAUUGUAUUUUGUACACUGUUAAAAUUUCAUCACCAUACUUUGUUAUUAAACUUUUUUAAUUGCAUAAGUAUAUUUUUUGUGCCCCGCUUAUGAUUGCUACACUUUGUUAAUUUUUAUUCUUAAUUAUGGUCAAGUUUAUAUAUAAAUAUUCCAUUUUUUAUAAAAAUUGUAUAUUAUUGAAAAAAAUAUUUUUCAUUGCAAAAAUCAAUACAUUUUUUAAUACAAAUAUAUUUUUAUUGUGUUUAUUAAAAAUGGCACAAAAUUUGCUAUAAAUGUAAUAUUAAAUAUUUAAUUUUGUUGCGCCUUUUGUUCAAUUUUACUAUAUUCUUCUUUUUCAAGCUGUUCUCGUGUCAAUAA